CGCGUUUUAUUUCACGAAUCGCGGAUUCUCUCCUCUUUCGUAUACAGAAACCCUAGUCGUCGUCGUCGUCGUCGUCGUCGUCGUGUCGGAACCCCAGAUUUUUUUCACAAACUGAAUUUAGUGAAGAUGGAAUCUAAUGGAAUAGUUUCAUCGACGACGGUGAACUUGGAGAAGUUUCUCUGCGAGCGAUUGGUUGACCAGUCACAGUCGAUCUCGGAGCGGUUUAGAGCUCUCUUCUCUCUUCGCAACUUGAAAGGACCAGGACCUCGCAACGCCCUAAUCCUCGCAUCUAGGGACUCAUCUAAUCUGUUAGCACAUGAAGCUGCUUUUGCAUUGGGUCAGAUGCAAGAUGCUGAAGCAAUUCCUGCUCUUGAGUCGGUUCUUAAUGAUAUGUCUUUGCAUCCGAUAGUACGACAUGAGGCAGCGGAAGCUCUUGGAGCCAUUGGUUUAGCAGGUAAUGUUGACAUUUUAAAGAAAAGCUUGAGUUCGGAUCCAGCUCAGGAGGUUCGAGAAACAUGUGAAUUAGCUCUCAAAAGGAUUGAAGAGUUGGGCAAUGUUGAUGCCGAGAACCAGUCAACCACUACAGAGAAAUCACCUUUCAUGUCUGUUGACCCUGCAGGCCCAGCUGCUUCUUUCUCUUCUGUCCACCAACUGAGGCAAAUUCUUCUGGAUGAAACGAAAUGCAUGUAUGAGAGAUAUGCUGCACUUUUUGCCCUACGGAAUCAUGGUGGAGAGGAAGCGGUUUCUGCCAUAGUUGAUUCUUUGAGUGCUAACAGUGCCCUUCUACGUCACGAGGUUGCAUAUGUCUUGGGCCAAUUGCAAAAUAAAACUGCUUUAGCUACUCUAAGCAAAGUACUGAGAGAUGUGAACGAGCACCCAAUGGUUAGACACGAGGCUGCAGAAGCGCUUGGUUCUAUUGCAGAUGAGCAGAGCAUUGCAUUGCUACAAGAAUUCUCAAGGGACCCUGAGCCUAUCGUUGCACAAAGUUGUGAAGUUGCAUUGAGUAUCUUGGAAUUUGAAAAUUCCGGAAAAUCAUUUGAGUUCUUUUUCACGCAAGACCCCCUUGUUCACUAAGGAUGCUCAAGGAUCUUCAACAAUUCUUCAAAACAUUUACCAACAAACAAAAGAACACAAACUUUAGCAGAAAGUUGACAUUUUUCUACAGAGAUAGAAGCUACUUUAACAACUCAUAUUGCACGAUUAUUAAUUUAUUAUAGUUAUCUUCGUUGUGUAAGGUUAAGAUACAUUGUCUGAUGGGUAUGGAAGCUUUCCAUUGUUUAAGUUGAGAAAAGGGCAUGUGAUAUUGUAGACCAAAUCCAAAUAAUUUUUUUUUUAAGCAACAUUGGUCAAAGUUUGAGCUA